UCGUGCACUUUCUGCAUUGCUGCAGUAACAUCCAAGAGAGAGUGUGAAAUAUUAACAUUGCUCGCCUGGGUGGUAAGGGGGAGGGAGAGGGCAAGAAAGAGAUAGUGGAAAGGCUAAAAGAGAGAGAGAGAGGGAUGGGAGGAGAAGAGGAGAGUCUUCCAUCUAGGGAGCAGCUUAAGUCGUGGUGGGUGGUGGGGGCGAGUCUCUCACUCAGUGAUCUGCAGUGCAACUGGAGGAACUGGAAGUCACCAUCUCAGCUUCAUCUGAAUACAAUACUACAUCAAUAAAUAGCUUUGGAAGAUUACAUGGAAUUACUACACAUGCGAAACAGCUACACAAUGAGGAAACAAGACUGCUAAAUAUUCUGGGAAUGUUAGAACCACCGCCUUUGGCAUGCUCCAAAUGAUUCUCACACACAGGGACACUUCCUGUAGAAAAGCGAAACACUGUUGGAUGACAACACGUUCAAACCUGCCUGUCUCUCACUCAUUCGGUGGAAAAUGGCCGGUCAUUUAAGGAUGGAGGGGAAUAUUAAAUGUCUCUUGUGUGAGGACUAUUUAUCUGAGCCAACAACUCUACCAUGUGGACACAACUUCUGCGUGGAGUGCAUCGAAAGGUGUUGGGACAUGGAGGUGUACACGGGAAUCUACUCUUGCCCCCAGUGUAAGAGGACCCUCACCAGAAGGCCCAGCCUGAGCAAGAACACGGCUCUGGCCAUCAUGGUUCAAGAAGUCCUUGAGCUAAGGAGUAAACUGCCGGGGGUUGAGAGGAUGAAGAUUCAGCGUGAUUUCACUGACACUAAAGAAAGACUGAAGAAACAGACAAAAGAGAGAGAGGAGGACCUGGAAAAGCUGAGAAGUGCAAUGAUAUCCCUCGAGAAAUCUGCCGAGACAGCAGUACUAGACAGUGAGGGGAUUUUCGAUGAGCUGCUGCGCACCUUGGAGGAAAAGAGAAGGGAGCAUCGAGAGCACAUUAGAGAGAGGAAGAGAGCCAUUCUGAAACGGGCAGAGAGGGAGGAAAAGCAGAUCAUCGGACAGAUCUCCAUUCUGAGGAGGAAAGACACUGAGCUGGAGAGUCCUGGUCCCCCUGUGCAGGACAAUCCACAGUUCCUUCAGAAAUUGCAAGACAUCAAGAGCCUGCUGCAACAAGGAAAACAACCCCCAGUCAUCACAAAUAACAACCAUUUGUUUUCGUUUGUUAAAACCGACAUGAACGAUUUGAGAGUUAGUGUAGUGGAAAUAUGUGAUAAAGCCAUCGAGAACAUUAAACAGCAAGUUAAUGAUGUACAUAUUCUACCCCCACCAAUGGUCAAACCACGCACUAAACCAGCACUAGAUGUCAAUAAGAAGAAGGUCACUGUAGUCAGACACGUAGAUCUCAAAGUCCCAGAUGAGGAUCACAUGAGAUAUCAGGUACCAGCCAUACCCCCAAGAGAAAGGGAAUCACAAGAACCUCUAAACAAGCCAAAGCCUCCACGUCUCGUAGCAAGGUCCCAGUCAACCAUAUGGCAUGGACCAAGAAACAAACCCUGUGAGUAUGCUACUUCAGCCGAGAUCAGGCAGUCAAACACCAUAGUGUACCAGACAAAGCUUACGGACCACUCUAUGACCAGAGAGGACUUGCUGCAGUACACCUGUUCACUGUCACUGAAUCCUGAGACAGCCAAUCCGUCCUUACAGCUCUCUGAUGGCAACAGGAAGGCGACGUGGAGUGGGCAGCGUCAGCGAAGGUCAAGCCUCUCCAAGGCGUUUGAGCACUGGGAACAGGUGCUGUGUGUGGAGGGCCUGGUCGGGCCACGCUGCUACUGGGAGGUGGAGUGGAGGGGGAGGGGCGUCUUCAUCGGUGUGGCCCUGGACGGACUCUGCCGGAGGGGUCGGGGCCUGGAGUGCGGCCUUGGGCGCAACGCCAGCUCCUGGAGCUUGCAUUGUGCCGACAGCCAAUGCACGGCCUGGCACAACAACGUCGAACAUGAAGUCAACACCCAAAUCUCCUCCCCCAGGAUUGGUGUGUUCUUGGACCAGCUGGAGGGGACACUUACAUUCUACAGCGUCUCCAACACUGCAAUGCCGCUCCACACGUUUACAGCCCAAAACUUACGUGGGCUUCUCUUUCCUUGCUUUGGCGUUGAGAAGGAAUCCUCUGUGAAGCUUUGUCAGCUGGAGAAGAAGUAA